UCUACGAGACGAGAACAAAAGUUCUAUAUUUUUCUUUUCUUACAAAGCUACAGAAGUGUUCUUCUUCUUCCCUACAAGUUCGCACAGAGAUUUGGUGUUGGUGUUAAACACAAAUAAGUCAAGGAAUCAAAGUUGUUGGUGGUAUUGAAACUAAUUGGGGGUAGUCAGAAUCAAAGCUACAAAGUCUUCUUACUCCUCCUAAAAGAAGCUACGGUUGCUGUUGGUGGUGUGAAAAGUUCUCUGCAUCAGUUCGUGGAAGAACAACAACAACAAGGGUAGGACUUGUACAACAAGGAGAGUUUAUUGCUGUUUCGAUUUGAAACUAGCGAUUUAAGCUAUUAUUAGGUUUUGUGAAAAUUUCAAAUGGAGAGUAGUGUAAAAGUUGCGGUGAAUGUUAGACCUUUGAAUAAUGAAGAGGUCUCUAAAGGUCGUACAGAUUGUGUUGAUUUUAUUCUCGGAGGGCCUCAGGUGAAAAUUGGAACAAGUUCUUUUACAUUCGAUUAUGUUUAUGGAAAUAAGGCUUCUACCUCGAGUUUGAGUUCGAUUUAUGGUGAUUGUGUGGCUCCACUGGGUGAUGCUCUCUUUGAUGGCUAUAAUGCAGCAGUCCUGGCCUAUGGACAGACUGGAUCAGGCAAGACGUAUACCAUGGGAACUAAUUACAAUGGAGAUGGAAGUACCAGUGGUAUUAUCCCACAGGUGAUGAAUUCCAUUUUUUCUAAGAUCGAGGAGAAAAAAGAAGCCAGGGAAUUUCUAAUAAAAGUUUCUUUUAUAGAGAUAUACAGAGAACAAGUGUAUGAUUUGUUGAAACCAAAAUUGUCAACUUACAAACGCAAAAGGACUGGACCUGCAAAAGCGCCUCUGCGAAUUCGAGAAUCAAAAGGGGUGUUCAUUAUUCCUGAUGUUACCGAGCCAGUAGUCAGUACAAAACAGGAUAUGGCAUCAUUUUUGUCCCAAGGUUCAUCAGAACGUUUUACUGGAAGUACAAAUAUGAACAGUGAAUCUAGUCGCUCACAUGCCAUCUUUACAAUCUCAAUGGAACAAAGGAGAAGCACGUGUAUCCCUGGUGACGAUCCUGGUGAUGGUAUCUUGAGAGCGAAGCUACUUUUGGUGGACCUUGCAGGUUCUGAAUCUGCAGAUACAAGUGGAACAGAUGGGUUGCGCCAGAAAGAGGGCAGUAAAAUUAAUCGUGGACUACUGGCUCUUGGAAAGGUGAUUAGUGAAUUGGGAAAUAAGAAAAAGAGCAAGGAAGGACGCCACGUUUCUUACAAUGACAGCAACUUAACACGGUUAUUGAAGGACUCUCUUGGUGGAAAUAGCAAGACAGUGAUGAUUGCUUGUGUGAGUCCGGCUGAUACAAAUGCCAAAGUAAUGCGGAGCACUUUGGACUAAGCGAGUCGUGCUCGAAACAUUCAGAAUAAGGCAACUAUAAACCACACAGCUCAGAUGCAGAGAAAGGACAAAAUUUCGGUCCUCCAAGCAAGAAAUGAUGAAUUAGAGCUCAAGCUCCAUCAUACUCAGGUUGAAAAAGAUGAAUUAGAGCUCAAGCUCCAUCAUGCUCGGGUUGAAAAAGAUGAAUUAGAGCUCAAGCUCCACCAUGCUCAGGUUGAAAAAGAUGAAUUAGUCCAUCAUGCUCAGGUUGAAAAAGAUAAGCUGCUUUUCCAAAUUGAGUUGUUAAGAAAAGGAAAGUCGUGGGUUGAGAUUGAUGUUGUUCAUGGUGAUGAGACUGGUGCUUUUCAGGGUGAUGAGACUGAUGAUGUUCAGGGCGAUGAGAUUGAUGAUGUUCAGGGCGAUGAGAUUGAUGAUGAUAGCUUCAGAAGUGAUGAGAUUGAUGAUGAGAUUGAUGAUGAUAGAGGUGGUGAUGAGACUGGUGCUGUUCAUGGUGAUGAGACUGGUGCUGUUCAGGGUGAUGAGACUGGUGAUGUUCAGGGUGCUGAGAUUGAUGAUGAUAGCUUGAGAAGUUCCAAGAGGCAGAAGAGAUCCCCUCUUGUUGAGAAGAUAAUAACUAAAAGAGGUAGAGGUCGUCCUCCUAAGCCUAAGAAGAGGUCGUCCUCCUAAGUCUAAGAAGGAAAAACCUAAAAAACCUGUAGGUCGUCCACGUAAGAGGCAUGUUGGAAGACCUAAGAAAGUCCGAUGACCAAAUAAUUAAACUGCUUUCGAAUUAAAGCAUCAUACUUAAUGUGAUCAUACUAAGAAAGUCUGAUGAUUUUGGUUGUAAGAUUAUGUUUUUGUGCUCAAGAAAUGAAAUGGGGUAUUGCUUACAAUGGCCAUAAUGGUCAGGUAAAGUGACUUAUAAUGGUCAUGAAAUGGAUGAGUUUGUUCCUUAGAGAACUUCUGGA